GAGCGAGGCUAGUCUAUUUUGGAAGAGUCUCCACACGUGAUGUCACUUGGAAUUUCACUUGGAUUCGAGUUCUAGCCUAUUCUAUUAUAAAAUCAGGAUAUUACCAUGGUAACAUCCCACGAAAAUAGCGAGUCAAAGCGAAAAGCGACAAAGAAAAAUAAUGGCAGUGGCUGGCUGUUUUCCCAGCCUCUCAGUUUUUUGCUAAUCAACCAUGAGUGGUUGACUUGAUAGUCACUUGUUCUACAAAAGUACCUUCUAAUUCAGAGAAUUUAUAUGUAGGCUUGCUUUCUCUCAACAUCCCAUUUUAGCCAUUCUCCAAAGAUCCAUCGCAUACUAGCUACCUUGAUACUGCCAUAGCGCAUUCAAAAUUUUGCACGGAACCAACUACAUCAGAUAUAAGAAUAUUCCAGCUGACCUGAAACGUCUUCGAUUCCAGAAAAUACAAUGCGUUUCUCUUCAACAGCUGCUUUAUUUGCACUCUCUUCUUUGUGUGCUUCCUAUGUUCUGCCUUUCGUCCAUCCACAGCAGGCCAGUGACAAUCUAAUGCGACGAGAGCUACCAUAUGCCGUGGUCAACGUUGACGGUGAUGAUCAGACAACUAGCAACUCCCACUCGAGCAGCAGCAGCAAAACAUCUCCAGUCAUUCAGACAGCUGUUCAAACCAUGACUGCGUCGAGUCCUCCAUCCCCACCGGUGACUGUCACGGUGACUACGACUGCCUCCUCAACUCCUAUCAUUUCGUCAUUUCCGUGCAGCAGCAACAGCAGGCCCGUGUCCGGUUUGAGUUUGCCUCCAUUGAGUAGAGCUGGGACUUUGAUCACUGCGCCUAGCCCUAGGCCUAGCAGCACGGCCUCUUUGGUAUCGGGCCAGACGAGCAGUGGCAGUCUGACUAGAACUGCUCGUGUAUCAUCAACCACGGAUCACAAUUGAUUUAUAUCUCCUUAGAUUGCAUGGAAAUUCGUGGCGAGGACCGGCCUCGAGGAAUUUUAUGCUUGACGAAUAUUCUAUAGGUACUACGGAGCCUCUAUAAACGGGUCUGGGGCCUAUGAGCCGUGCAAACCAUUCGAUUCUCUUCAUGAUUAAUUAUGCUUUGGCACGGUCUAAACAAAAUAAUGAGAAACAUGUGCAACGGGCGUUCUCAAUGGGUAGUUAAUGUUGAUUCCUGUUGAUAUUGUAUCCUCUCGGCACCAAUGUCUGUCCAGCUGGAUUGAUCUAUGAUAGAGACAUGAUAAAUAGACUCAUUAACUAAAUUUAAAUUGUCAAGUGCAAUAAAUAUCUAUUUCCUAUGGACAAC